GAGUUGAAAACUGAAAAGGGUUGUUUUAAGGCUUAUUUGUCGGAGAAAAAUCUGGGGGGUAAAGCUUCGUCCUUUGCGUGACGAGAAUCUCCCCGUUUGGGUUUUGUCCCCGACGAUUUGGGUACACAAAACCCAUAUAUCUCAAUCUGCUCCGCCGAAUCGGCUCACUCCAAGUUUUUGUUUUUAUUUUUAAGCCGCAUCAUCAGGGACGGAAUCAUGAAUCAGCUGAGAGGCCGAGGGACAUCGAUUCUGGGUUCCGCAGUUGUGCCUCAGCUGAAGAAAAAAGCCUUAAAUUCAUUGGUCGCUGUCCAGGAUUCGUAUCUCUCCACCAAGGACUUGUUCGAGAGGCACAGGGUCGUGUUUACAGUUGGGACUUCCAUUGCAUCUGUUGCUACGGCUUGGAUUGGUUACUCAUUACGCCAUUACAAUGAAACUAGAAUCAAUCAGCGACUGGAAUCGAUUGAGAAUGCGAUGAAAAACACACAAGAUUUGGAACGAGGAGAACUGAAGAAGCUCGUUGAUCCAGUUGGUUCCAGGUUCACAACAACAAUUGCCACUGCUGGAACCACUUUGGUCCUCGGGUAUGGCUUGGGUUGGCGAGGCGGGAUAUGGUAUGCUAAUAGGAAGUUUAGAAGGGAGCAAAUGAGAUUGGCCGGGCAAUUAAAGCCGAGAGAAUGGAAGUUGUUAGGGAGAAUGAAACCACGAGCUUGGCCAACGACAAAGUUCCUCAGACGACCAUUCCCAAGACAGAACAAAACAACAGAAAAUGCUUUGAAGGCGCCAGAAAAUGCUUCCAAGGCACCAGAAAGUGCAGGUUGAAAAAUCAAAAUAACCGACAAUAGCGAAAACAAUGUAUCAAUUGUUUGUUCAGGAUACCAAAGGGGAGUAAGCAAAUCUAAAACAUUAGUUGCUCGGAACAACGAACGACUAUUCUUUAUCCUCCGGAGAUUCUUAACGUUAAUAUAAGCACACAUGGGUUUUGACUUGAAGCCAAAGGCUCUUCUGUUUUUUUUGUUCCUUGUAGUGAGGAAAUUGAAUUACUGUAUCUAUAUAUAUUUUUUUUGUUAUUGUGGCAAAAACUAAAAAUCAAAUAGAUUUGUGUUACAGAGUGAUCCAA